AUCGAGCGUGUUUUGUAAACAAUCCGUAACGGUACUGCGUCCAUUGAUUUAUUCACGAAAUUCUUCAAUAAACGUUGGUUUCAGGGUAAAAUAUGAACUAAUAGUGUAAUUUCAUCAUGAAUUCCGACACACAGAUUUUGAAACUGAUCGAGGAAAUUUUGGGCGAGAAGAGUAAUGACUUCGACUAUGAAGGUCCUAUGGUGGACGAAGAGGAACUGCAGAAGCAAGCAGAGGAAGGUUACAAAAAAUUUUCGACCAUGUUCGCGGCAAUGUCCCAAGAGAGUAAAGAAUCUGCUCUGCGAUAUUACUUGAGUUACGUAGCCGGAAUCAACCAUCGAAGCAAGGUACACAAACACAUGCAGGUUUUGAACAAGCUAGUCGCACUAAAUAUCAUCCCUGCCCGGAUGCUGUGCGAACAGAUAAUGAGUUCGGAGAAGCUGGCUUAUCAAAAUCAGAGCUUUUGGAUUGAGUGUUUUCAGGUUGUUCGGAAAAUUAUCGGUGGCGUCGACUACAAGGGCGUCCGGGAAAUCAUGAAGUGCUGCAAGGAGAAGGCACUUUCGUUCCCAUCAGCAAUCGGCUCCAGUAUCCUGCCACAGAUGCUGGAGCUGACCGAAGUGAUUGAACACAUCUUCAAUCGGAACGCUUGCCUCCUCCCGGCGUACUUCAUCAUCAAUGAGAUUCAGAAGCCCGAUUUCCAGGACACCCACUGGCGCAUCGCCAAUUUGAUAGCAAAUUUUAUCGAAGAGUUCGUAAUCGUUGCUCAAAUGUUGGCGAUUAUCGGUCACUCGUCGAUGCUACCGAUCGUGGAGCACUCGUCAUACGCAGACAAUCUAAUCAACCCGUGGAAGCUUGAUCCGAACACACUGAAGCUUGCGCUGCGUGGUAAUCUUCCGUAUGAACCGGAACUAUUACAACCACAGACGAAGUUGCUCCGAUUUGUCUUGGAACAGCCGUACUCACGAGAUAUGGUAUGUUCGAUGCUGAACUUGCAGAAACAACAUAAGCAAAAGUGUGUGGCACUGGAAGAACAGCUUGUCUGGUUGGUGAUCUGUGCGAUGGAAUGCUCGGAGAAAGAACCGGCUCAUCCAGCCGAAGGCGACGAUAUGAUCUCGAGUCACACCCAGUGGGUGUGGCUUCAUUUGAGUUCUCAACUGAUCUACUUUGUGCUGUUCCAGUUUGCUACGUUUCAAAAUAUCGUCAAUUCUCUACACGACAAACUUGCCGUUCGAAAUUUACGUCGCGGUCGAGAUCAUCUGAUGUGGGUUUUGCUUCAGUAUAUUUCCGGAAGCAUUCAGAGAAAUUCUAUCUCAAACUUUCUACCUAUUUUGAAACUGUACGAUAUUCUGUAUCCGGAAAAGGAACCUCUGUCUGUGCCGGAUUACAACAAUCCAUACUGUACGCAUCAGAUGGCACCGACCUGCAUAUGGAUUCAUCUGCUCAAACGGGCCCAAUCGGAGCACUACAACAUAAACCGCCCGAUUCCGACGGCUUUGAAGUUGCACCACGAUUUCCUUCAGCACUUGGUCAUGCCCAGCAACAAUGCCUCACUCUGUAUGGGUUCGGAUUAUCGAAUCGCUCUGCUGUGUAAUGCUUACUCGACCAAUCAGGAGCUUUUCUCCCGUCCUAUGGCUGCGCUGAUCGAGACAAUUCUAGGAAAUCCCAAAAAUCAAACUGGAGCUGGCGGCAGUCAGCAGUUGCCCACGGUUCCACUAUCGAUGUGUGUUCUGGAUAGUUUGACAAUUCACAGUAAGAUGUCACUGAUUCACAGCAUCGUGACGCACAUGAUUAAACAGGCCCAGAACAAAAGUACCAUACCGAAUGCGAACAAUAUGGCACCGGCAUUGGUGGAAACAUAUUCGAGACUGUUGGUAUAUACUGAAAUAGAGUCGCUGGGAAUCAAAGGGUUUUUGAGUCAACUUUUGCCGCAAGUUUUCAAAUUCCAUGCCUGGGGAAUUUUGUACACUCUGCUGGAAAUGUUCUCCUACCGUAUGCAUCACAUCCAACCGCAUUACCGUGUACAGUUGCUGUCCCAUCUGCAUUCAUUGGCAUCCGUUCCGCACACCAAUCAAAUGCAACUGCACUCUUGCGUUGAAUCUACCGCACUUCGAUUGAUAACAGGGCUCGGUUCGGUUGAAGUCCAAGCACAGCUGUCACGUUACGUGAACGAACCGAAAACUCCGGGAAACAUCGUGUCGGCCGAAAGUGAAGAACUGAACCGAGCUCUUAUCCUGACGUUGGCUCGCUCGAUGCAAAUCACUGGCACUGGGAACGACUCUCAGUCCAGCACAUGGUGCAAGGAUUUGCUGGCCAGUAUUCUGCAGAAUACACCGCACUCCUGGUCCCAUCAUACCCUGCAGUGUUUCCCGCAGGUUCUGAACGAUUUCUAUGUCCAGCACAGCAUCCCGAAGGAGAACAAACAGCAGCUGAAGAAGUCGGUCGAUGAGGAGUAUCGCAAAUGGGCUUCGAUGUCCAACGAAAACGAUAUCAUCGGGACGUUUGCAACGGCCGGAACACAGCCACUGUUUCUCUGUUUGCUGUUUAAAAUGAUCGUGGAAACCGAUACGAUUAGUCCGAUGUCUUACAAAAUUCUGGAACGAAUCGGUGCCCGUGCCCUGUCGGCACAUUUGCGAAAACUGUGCGAUUACCUUGUGUUCGAGGUAUCCAAUGCCGGUGCAAGUGCUCACGUGAACAAAUGUGUCGACACGAUCAACGACAUGAUAUGGAAAUAUAACAUAAUAACCAUUGACCGGUUGGUACUGUGUCUAACUCUGCGUACGCUCGAUGGCAACGAGGCACAGGUAAGCUUCUGUAUCAUUCAGCUGUUGCUGCUGAAAACGUCGGAAUUCAGAAGCCGCCUGCAGGAGUUUGUCAGCAUCAACUCACCCGAACAUUGGAAACAAAACAACUGGCACGAACGACAUCUAGCUUUUCAUCAGAAAUUUCCGGAAAAAUUCGCCCCCGAUGAAUCGGUUUCGCACCCUUCUCUGCCAGUAUAUUUUGGUAACGUCUGUUUGAGAUUCCUGCCCGUUCUGGAUAUCACAAUACAUCGGUAUCUGGAGGUACCUCCCAGUAUGAGCAAAACGCUGGACGUUCUGCUUGAUCAUUUAGGUUCACUUUAUAAGUUUCACGAUAGACCCAUAACGUAUUUGUACAAUACGUUGCACUACUACGAACGAAGACUACGGGAUAGACCACAACUCAAAAAGCGUUUGGUUGGUACCGUUAUCGGUUCACUGAAAGACGUUCGUCCGGAAAACUGGGCACUGACGGAACAAUACCAAUCCUACAUGCUUAAGAAGGAUGAAACGAUUUCCUGGAUACCGGAACUAACUUACUACAUCCAUCUGGUUCGUCGAAUGCAAGACACCAUCGACGGUAACAACGUAUUUUCAGGUACCGAUUGGCGUUUCAAUGAAUUUCCGAAUCCGCCGGCGCAUGCACUUCACGUCAGCUGCGUGGAGCUAUUGGGUCUUCCGGUUGGACCUCAGUCGGUAGCCAACAGUCUGAUAGACGUCGUUGUCAAAGGAUAUCCGGUAAUACCGUUUCAAAGUGUGCACAACUGGAUUAACACGAUCGGGUUGAUUAUGGCGGCUCUUCCGGAAUCCUACUGGGGGGUGAUUUAUGAGCGUCUCCGGGAUGUCAUCAGUUCGCCGCAGAUGACGGACUGGACCUACCGGCAGAGCCCGUUCGAGAUGUUUAACUUCAAAAUCGUCACGGAGGCGAUGCUUGAACGGAGUUACGUAGUUAUUCUGGCCAUCGCGCAAAGCAUUUUACAUCACAGUGGAAUUGGACAAAUUUCCACCGUAACUGACUACAUAAAAGAGAAGUUCAAACCGAUCAUCAAAACCGAGUAUCAGCUGAUCUACCUUUGUCACGUGGUGGGUCCUUUCCUGAACCGGCUCAGCACAGAACGGCCGCGUGCCGUCUCGGACAUCACAUUGCUGCUGUAUGAACUGCUCGAACAGGUCGACAAAGCACAACCGUCGGUUGCGCUCAAAUACAUGGAUCCGAUCUGUGACUUGCUGUACCACAUCAAGUACAUGUUCGUCGGGGACCUGAUGAAGUCAGAGUUGGAGACGAUCAUACGCCGGUUGCGUCCAGCACUGCAGAUGCGAUUACGUUUCAUCACACGACUGAAUGUCGACGAGAUUGGAGUAGAACAGCAGAGCACUGAUUCCGGUAUCCAAAUCAGUGCUCAGUCGAGUCACCCUCAACAGCCCGCUACAGGAGGCUCACAGAUUGGUGGUCAGCAAGGCGGAAAUAGUGGUUCACAAACUGCCGCCAAUCAUCAGCAACAGAAGUAG